CAGAAUGCGUUCACAAAGCUAUGUUUAGAUCUCAACUAUGAAUUUUUUUUCACCCUGGUUUGGUAAACCAACAGGCCGCGCUUUGCACCAACCUCGUGUAUUUGAAAUUGACCGCCAAAUCUACAGUAAAAAUGACCGGAUUUAACUGACGUUUUCAGCCUCAGGAAUGUAUCUUUCGUCAUAAAGGCGUAGGGUGUCUCAGGCUCAGGUGACAAAUUGUGUUCACUUUUAAAUGUAGACGUCAUCUAAAUGUACUUAUUGAAGGUACAUACAGGCCGGUACACUGGACAAGUGUUCAUCUACAUGUCCGUACGAAACGUACAGAGGGGCAAGAAUAGUGGAAAGGUGUGGAGAUAUUUGCUUAUGUUGCUUAUGGUGGCGAUAUAUAUUAUCGGAAUAAAACGGAUUAUAUACCAGCGUAUUACAUUCCGUGCCAAUAUAAAGAUUUAAACGAUACAGACGUUAAGUCUUAGAUUCAAUCAAAAGAACAUUUUUUCAUGAAUAUAUAAAAGGAGAACCUUGAAACGAGCAGGUUUCCGUUACUUCUCGGCGAAAUUUAGGGUUUGGUAUAUAUAACUGAUAUCAAAAUACACUUAUGUCAACGUCCUCUUCGCAGACGACAUCAAAUCAACAGACGUCAAGGAAUCAUUCUACUUUAGUUGCGCAACAAACCACAGCUGAGCACCAGCCCCAAUCUGAGAACGAGCAGACGACACCAAAUGGAGAGACGCUUCCAGAGCAGCAGACGUCAUCUGGGCAGCACGCGACAUCUGAGCAGCAUGCGACAUCUGAGCAGCACGCGACAUUUGUACAACAGUCAUCUGUGCAGCAGACGCUAUCUGAGCAACUUGCGACAUCUGAACAGCAGACAGCAUGCGUGCAGCAGACUUCAUCUGAGCAACAGACCACAACACUUUCAUCAAACUCAACAUUUAGUUUUGAACCUAUGAUGACAGUUAUUGACAAAAUAGCAGACGGACAACGAGUUCCGCCACAGACUACUAUGAAAUAUGAAAUGUUAAGGUUUUGCACCCUUCGAUCUUUUCCAAAAGGGAACAAACCUUAUAUUACCAGAUUGGCUGCUGCAGGAUUUUAUUACGCAAACGAAGGCGAUGAAGUCGUCUGCUAUUGUUGCGCGCGACGUAGAAGAAAUUGGACAGAAUUCGAAAAUCCUAUCGAAGUACAUAGAGAAUUAAAUCCAAACUGCAGCUUUCUCACUCGUAAUUCUGAAGUUAAUUUCUCAGUCAGACAAAGUAUUGAAAGCUCUACAACAGAAUCUCACUCAAACCUGUCAACAAUAAAUAGAGGCCAGUCUAACACUAAUUUUCGUAAUGAAUUAACGGAAGUGAAUGUGUCGUCUGCAGUUGAGACUGGUUCACGAAUUCAAACGAAUCAAAACUCUGAAAACUCAUCUUUUGCAAGCAAUGUGCUUUCAUCAAGAGGAGGGAACCAGUCUGUUUCACUACUUCCUGUUGAUGUUCCGCAAACAACUACAGACAACCAGUCUUCAAAUAAUUCUACAGGUAGAAGCGUAUCUUCGUCUGUGACCCCAAAAUACCCCAAGUAUAUCAGCACGACAUCUCGGUUGUCGAGCUUCAAUGAUUGUGGGGACAUCGUCAUCCCACCAGACCGCCUCGCACAGGCCGGCUUCUUCUACGCCGGUUUUGGGGAUUGUGUCCGAUGUUUCCAAUGUGGAGUCGGAUUACGUCAUUGGUCGGAGGAAGAUGAUCCGUGGAUAGAACAUAGUAGAUGGUCAAAUGAAUGUUCAUACGUACGACAGAUUAGAGGAAGAGAGUUCGUGAAUAUCGUGCAGAUGGCUGUACAGUUUUCGCAAAACCAAACCGGAAAUGAAUCAAUUUCAACACAAGGAACUGAAGGCAUAGCAGGCAGAGGUUCCGGAAAUGCGUCUGCAGACAUAGAUAGACUGAUGCACACAAACGCUGCACAAAGCGUCUUGGAGAUGGGUUAUCUUCCUGACGUCAUAAGAAGAGCUAUCAGAAUGGUCCAGUCCUCAACAGGACAUGGAAUUUUAACAGCUACAAACCUAAUGGAAAAAAUCUUUGAAAUCGAAGAUUCUGAAUCUCAAGAAAAUACUGUACCUGAGAACUCUGAAGAAUUACGCGCACCCCAUAACACAGAAGCACGUGUGCCUAUUAACGCAGAAGAACGCGCACCUGCAAACGCAGAAGCACGCGCACCUGCAAACGCAGAAUCACGCCAAAGUAACAAUGAAACAUUUACCACAACAACACAGGAAAUACAAGGUGCAAGAAAAAGGCACGAAGACAAAACUACUUCUCGAAACACAUCUGUAGAAAAUGUUAGUGGUGCUGUUGCUAGGGGUAACGAGAAACUGCUUAAUAAUGGUUCGUCUAAGAAACAAUUGGAAACUGCGACACGUCAUAAUGAUGACGACAAAACGUGUUCUGGUAAUGAAAGCCAAGGCAGACAACAAAACGUGUCAACUAUGUCGUCAGGCGGAAGUAAACGGGCAAAUUCAAAGCAGACGACAAGUCCCGCAAGCCGUGAUGCACAUAUUAGGGAACAGAAAAGGCUAAAGGAGGAAAAUGAUAUGUUAAAACAACAAUCUUUAUGUACAAAGUGUCAUGUUAAUGACGUUUGUAUUGUUUUCUUACCAUGUGGACACCUUGUCAGUUGUGAAACAUGUGCACCUACUGUACGAUAUUGCACGGUGGUCACGUGCGGCAAAUAUAUUAAAGGUACCGUGCGCACUUACCUGGCUUAAAGAACUUAAGGAAAGAAGGUUGACGUGAUAGAAAAUGCAUAUAAACAUGUACGUAUCUUAUAGAGAAAGAAAACCAAUGUUACAUUAUUAAAAAUUUGAUAAAAAGACAACAUUUAUGUUGAAGAAUAUCUUACCGUGCUAACCUAUUCUUGAAUUAAAAAUGAAUGAAAAAUGUGUGGUGUAUCAGGUGUGGGAAUAGCAUUGCCAUGCAUUUCAUUUAAUUAUUUCACGGUGGUGGCAAUUUAUUUGUUGUGAUACAGAAGUACCAUAUGACUGUUCAAAUACUGUACAUUUGUAAUUAUUUGCAUUUUAUGAUUUUCUUUUAUUACAUGCUUUUCGGUGGUUUAUAGAAAUAUAUCAGUGAUAUAAAACUGGUAAUUUCACUCUUUGAAACAGUGAAAUUACCACUUUGAUAAUUUCACUGUUUUGAAUUUAAGCCCGUUACGUUGUUUCAGUGAAAUACCAGCGUGCACAGUACUGGGUACCAAAUUAAUGACGUGACGUCGUAAAUGACGUCACGUUGUAUUAUUAUUUGGCGCGCUUUU